CGAAAUGACUUACUUCGCUAUGCUGGAAACGGAGACUUUCAAAUUCUUGAUAGGAUGAUUAUGUAAGGGAUUCAGCAUGCUUUCUUGUGUCGUUGGAAUUAAGAAGUAGCUCCCAGCACCAUGCAGCGACACUUAACAAAUAUUGUAUGUCUUCGGCGACAGCUUCUUUCCUGCGGCCGUCGUCGAUGUGCUUCCGCCUCAGCCGCAACCAUCCCGGCCAUCCCAGCCACUGCGCGCCCUCACCUACACAGUUGGCUGCACGCGGAAUCCAGUGCCUCGAUAGCUACGACUCCACAUUGCAAUAACUCUAAGCUUCCUCCAGUACCAGGUAGUCGCCAACUAUCCCAGCCAACCCCGUCGCAUGCUGCCCCCAACUGGCUUCUCCUGCGCAUGGCCCUGCGUGGCCACCCUCCGUUGACCCGUUCAACAUCAGCCCUGUCCGCCGCCAUGGCUCCGUCAUGCACCCCCGGAGCACUAGUCGUCAUGCCCACAUGGGCGCGUUGCGAGCUGCUGCAAAGGCGGUCAUCCUCAACGGCUUCUGGAGCGGACUCCUUCAGAGCCCUGGGUGUGAGCCCUGAGCUUCAGGAGCGGCUAGCCUCCCGGGACAUCCUGCGGCCGCUGCCGGUGCAGGCCGCCGUACUGCCCGCGGUGCUGGGCGGCCGCAACGCAGCCAUCAAGUCGUGCACCGGCUCGGGCAAGACCCUAGCCUACCUGCUGCCGGUCCUUCAACUGGCGCUGCAGCGGCGCAGGGCAGCAGAGGCGGCCGCGGCUGCGGCAGCGGCAGCAGCUGCGACGGCGGUGCCCACGGUAGACAGCCCCGACCGCGCUCGAAGCGGCAGCAGCAGCGGUGGUGGUAGUGCGGCAGCCCUCAAGCAGCAAGCCAGGUCGCUGCAGGCGCUCAUCGUGGCGCCCUCUCGCGAGCUCUGCAUCCAGAUCCAACGUACGGCACAAGAGCUGCUGCCUGCGGGCGCCUCAGACCGGCGGCUGGUGCAGCAGCUGAUUGGCGGCGCGAACCCCAAGCGCCAGGCGGCGGCGCUGGCGGGCGGCGAGGGCGGCGUGUGGCCGUUGGUGGUGGUUGGCACGCCGGGGCGGGUGGCGGAGCUGGUGACGAACGGGACACUGCAUGUGUGGAACUGCCCGCUGCUGGUGCUGGAUGAGGUCGACCAGCUGCGGGCGCACGAGGACUUCCGGCAGCACGUGGACAACAUCUGCACCCACGUCGGCCGCAAACUGGGACCCGGUCUUGCCGGCAGCAGCAGCAGCAGCAGCAGUGGCAACAGUUCCCACACCGCAUCCAGCACCAGCAGCACCAACAACAGCUCUAACAGCCCGGGGGCUGCUGCUGCGGACGUCCAGAUAACACGCAGUUCUAACUUGACCACAGGCAACGCUGCCAGCAGCGACGCCUCUGGCACGCGUAGCUCCAUGAUUGGUAGUGGCGGCAGUGGCGGCGGUGGCAGGCAAACGGUUAUUGUGAGCGCAUCGCUGGACGGCCGCGAGCUGUCUCGCUAUGCUGCCUGGUGUCCUAACCCGCUACCCGUCGUGCUGUCAAGCAACCAGGCGCUGCCGCAGCCGCCGCAGGAGCGUUCGCAGCCGCAUGCAGGCAGCCAGCAGCGACCCACGGGUCAGUCGGGCAAGGGCGUGGCUGGUCAAUUUGAUGAGCAGGCCGCUAAGAAUAACAGCCAUGCGCCUAGCAGAGCCGACAGGACCGGCGGCAGAACUAGUUGCGUCGGGGCCCCAGAUCCCCAAAACACGCCAGUUGUAGAGGAUCCAAGGGAUGCUGAGGCGGCUGCUGCGGCUGCGGCCGCGGCGGCGGGGCCCCUGUCCGGUGUGCUUCCGCCGCACCUAAAGCACAUCUACGUGCUUUGCCCUGGGGAGCACCGUACGGAGCAUGUACGGCGGUUAAUCCAUGCAUUGGGUGCGGAGCGAGCGCUGCUGUUCGUGCCCAAACAGAGCCAUGCCAUGGUCACCAAGUACAAGCUGGAGGCGCGGCACAUGGAGGUUACCAUCCUCCACGGCCAGCUCAGCAAGCUUGCACGCGGCAACAUUUUAAAUGCAUUCCGUGCCGGGACCUUUCGAGCGCUCAUCGUAACCGAUUUGGGCGCGCGCGGCCUAGACUUGCCCGACUGUGAUGCUAUCAUCAACUUCGGGCCACCCCCUGACCCCCUGUCGUACGCCCACCGCGCCGGCCGUACGGGCCGGGCGGGUGCACCCGGCGUGGUGGCUAGCGUUGUGACACGGCAAGAGCUGCAGCAGCUGCGGGGCACUGUUAAGAAGCUGGGUGCGACUUUGCAGGCGGUAUCUAUACUGAAUGGCAAGAUUGUGCCGGGAGAAGAGAUAGGGGGCCAUCGUGAGGAGGACGUCGGCACCGCGUCUCGGCCGCACAGAGCUCAUCGUUAGGCCGCAUGACGAGGGGUGUCGGGCCGCACCCACAAGCCUGAAGAGCAAAGAUAUCAAGGGCGACAUGCUCACUAGUCGCACAGGCGAUGCAGGGUGGAUAUAUGCGAUUAGUGUAGUUUUAGUACGCCGCGUGCGCUCAGGACUUGCGCGGCAUGUGGGCUAUAAGGAUGCUCUAAAGCGGCUCACUUGCGAC